UUUCGGAGCAGUACCGGUACGUGGUGAGAGUGUACUGCCGUAUUUAUCAACAAUUUCUGUUGAAUCAGAUCAACAUUUUUUUGUUUCUUUCAUACAUAUUGUGACUUAUUUCCAAUGAAUUUAUUUCUGAAUAAUUCAAAUCUUUAAAAUGCCUGGAAAUACUGAAAACAUAGUCCGACAUCGUGUGAAACAGGAGCAGCAGAGAGCGGGUGAUGAGACCGAAGUCAAAGAGGAGUUGUCGCCUGCAGUUCCGGGGGAAGAUCCAGCAACAAAAGGGGAGAAUCGUGACAAGACAGCCGCCCCUUCGUUAUUCGUUGUCACAUUGAAUGUCAAUAUUUUGGUCACAUUUCUCUCUGUCCUGUCUUUUGCAACACGAUUUUGGAGACUAGAAGAACCUAGAGGAGUUGUAUUUGAUGAGACUCACUUUGGUUUGUUUACAAGCUUCUAUCUGAAGGGUAUGUUUUUCUUUGAUGUUCAUCCACCCCUGGGCAAGCUUCUCUUGGCUGCAGUAAGCUACUUGGCUGGCUUUCAAGGAAACUUCUCAUUUGAAAAGAUUGGCCAAGAAUACCCAUGUGAUAUUCCAAUAUGGCACUUGAGGUUGAUACCAGCUCUGUGUGGGUCUUUACUGACCCCUUUUUCAUUCUACAUCUUAGAAGGUAUGGGGUAUAGCCAGUGGACAGCUGCUCUAGGAGCUUUUCUGGUAGUGUGUGAUAACUCUUUGUUGACUCAAUCUCGUUUCAUCUUAUUGGACACCAUGUUGCUUUGUUUCAUCAUGGUGGCUCUUCUUGCACUCAUCAGAUUCAACCAAUUACAAGACAAACCAUUUAGUAUCCAGUGGUGGGCCUGGCUGGCUUGCAUAGGAGUCUGCAUCUCAUGUUCUAUAAGUGUCAAAUAUUCUGGUUUAUUUACAACGCUUGUCAUCCUUGGUUUUAUCGCAGCUGAUUACUGGUCUAUCGUUGGCAACAGAAGCGUCUCAAAUUCCCAUCUGUUCAAAGAGACGUUAGCAAGAGUGGUACUGCUGAUCAUUGUCCCUGUGGUGCUGUAUCUCUCCUUCUUCUACAUGCAUCUGUCUGUUGGGUAUAAAACUGGUCCUCAUGAUGGAAGAAUGUCCAGUGCAUUCCAAGCAUCCUUAGAAGGUGGUCUAGCUAAGGUCACUCAAGGUCAGCCUAAGAAUGUGGCCUAUGGUUCACAGAUUACUCUCCGGCAUACACACCAGAAUAUUUGCUGGCUCCACUCUCAUCCCCAUCUAUACCCAUUGAGAUACUCAGAAACAAGGGGGAGCAGCAUACAACAGCAAGUCACCUGCUACACAUUCAAGGAUGUUAAUAAUUGGUGGGUAGUGAAAGACCCAAUGAAGGAAGAGUUGGCCGUUGAGAGUCCUCCCAGACCUGUCAAAGAUGGUGACAUCAUCCAAUUGAUUCAUGGCACCUCGGGUCGCCGUCUAAACAGUCAUGAUGUGGGUGCUCCAAUGUCUCCUCAAUUCAUGGAAGUAUCAUGUUACAUUGAUUACAACAUUUCAUUCCCUUCACAAGACUUGUGGAAGGUGGAAAUAGUAAAUAAGGAGGCACCUGGUGAAGCAUGGACAGCCAUACAUUCACACAUUAGAUUGGUUCAUGUUAAUACAUCACAGGCAAUGAAGGUGACUGGUCAACAGCUUCCAGAUUGGGGUUUCUAUCAGUUUGAAGUUGCAACGGAUCGUGUGAUGAAUCAAGACUCUAAUAUCUGGAACGUGGAGGAAAACAAAUAUUCUCCUGAUAAAGAUGAAUUCUGGGAUGAAACAAAGGAGCUGAGUUUCUUCAGUAAAUUUUGGGAAUUACAGCUGAAGAUGUUGGAAGCCAAUAAAAAGCUUUCAGAUGAUCACAAUUACAAAUCAGAUCCGAUGGAGUGGCCUUUUAUGGAACGUGGUAUCGCUUACUGGAUGAAGGCAACAACUAAUGCUCAAAUCCAUCUCCUUGGCAACGUAGUCAUAUGGUGGUCUGCUAAUGUAGGGAUUGUGGUUUAUCUGGUAGUCAUGGUAACCUACAUCAUACGUCAACAGAGGAAUUGCAAAGACCUGACAAAGGCUGAAUGGGUUCGUCUUUUUAUGACUGGCGCCCUCUUCCUGUCAUGGUUUGUCAACUACCUUCCAUACUUUAUGAUGGAGCGUACAUUGUUUCUACAUCACUACCUUCCAGCGCUUCUCUCCAAGGUGCUUCUAUUGGCUGCUACAAUAGAGAUAGUAUACUUCCAUGUUUUGCAAACUUCUUCUCAGCGUAGUCUUUUCACCAGCCUUGUGGUCGUUUGGCUGACGUGUGUUUUCUUAGUCUUCCAAAAAUUCUUACCACUGACUUAUGGAAACAAGGACUUAACUGAAGAGGAGGUCGAGUCUCUUAGAUGGUUUGAGAGUUGGGGGUUUCUUGUACAAGGGAAAAUGAUUGCAUGAUGACUUUGGAAGAGGAGAUCAGUUCUCUUUGAUGACUUCCCAGAAGAACUUUGAUGUAUAUAGAGACAUCAGAGAGAGUUUGGAAUCAAGAAAAGGUGAUUUGAUCAUGCAAGCAUUUAAAAUGAAGAAGAGUUUCUUAUUAUAAAUUGAAAAUAGAUUUUCUGU